AUGUACUACAUACAGCCUCUUGGGCCAUUACGCGAGGCGCGGUCAACUCUCGUCAAAUUUCUUGAAACCGCUUGUGUCGGUUUUCUUUCCUCAAUGUUGUUUCGGGUAUCACAGUCAUCUCACUGCUCUGACAAAAUACGGGUGGGUCAACAUUGAGAAGGUGACAGGAUCAUUUAGAACAUUUAGGAAUGAUUUAGGGAGAUUUUGCCUCUAAUUCAAAGAUUUGUGACGAGUAUUGUACAUUGGUAAGAUUUCAAAUGACGGAUUUUCCCAAUUGCUGCUCAUAACCAUCAUGCUACAACGCCUGUGACAUUUAGAAUAAACUUUAAGUUUUAUUUACAUUUCGGUUAAGAUAAAAUCAUUAUAAUCAGUAUUAAUUGCAGGAAGUAUUAACAGGACAAAAGACAUGCUGUUCAAAAAACUUUGAGCUUUUAUCACCGCUUCGGCAGAAGUCCUGGCAUAAAUAUGGGUAACAUUUAUCACGAUGAAUCAGUCGUCUCCGAAGAGGUUUCGAACACAUCGUCGAGCUAAGUAAUGGGAAGAUUCAACCUUCUGAUUAUGCCCUAUAUGCGCCUUAUCUCGCAGGUCAGGAAGAUUUGAGAAAAUGUUAUAAUUGUUAAUUCAAACAUUUCUUUCUUCUAUUUGCAGAUUUUUGACGUUUUCUCGGUCACUCACGGACAAUCGAUAUUUGCGGCUAAAGGUAAAAAAAUAGAUUUGCCAUGAGUUGUUAGAAAGAAAUGGCGAAUUCACCGUUUGUUUGUGACAGCAGCCCAUGAGCCUGGUUGUAUUGACCUUAAAUGUUUAGAUUCACAACCUAAUUAUAACUACUUUUAUAUAAUUACAGGAUGUGGUCCUUGAAAGUCCUCAUCGUUCUCUGUACCCUCAUACAGUGGGAAGCAAAUAGUGUUCAUGGAUGGUGGUAUCCCCCAGACUGCUACAGCCUUCGUUUUCAGAACGCACCAAGUGGAAUGUAUUACAUACAACCGCUCGGUCCAAACACCCAACCCAUUCGUGUGCACUGCGAAAUGACAAUCGGUGGGGGUGGCUUCACCUUUCUUCCCCGCAGCCUUACAAGAACAUCAUCAGCGAGCAGGAUUGUCAGAGCUUUAUUUCGAGACAGGUACAAUGUCCUGCUGAAGUUGAAGAAGAGAAGUGGUAGCGAGUCAUACAUUCUGAUCCAGCCUCAUCCGCAUUUCGCCAACACAGAGUUUGGGUUGUUAGUCAACAGAUUCCAUGGUUACACCAGACCGCUGAACGCCUUCAUGAAAGAGUACAUCCUUCUCGGUAUUAUUCCAGCACAUGCUGCACGUCGCCGUAGUAUCCAAGGUUUCACAUCCAACGGGCACAUAAUCCAGUUCAGAAAUUGCGAUGCCAAUCCCAACAGCUAA